AUGAUUACUGCUACCGGGUUGUCUGCGCGCUUCUCUCAGGCGGGCUGCCAUCCCCGCAUUCCGCUGUCAAAGACAAUUCAGCUCCGCCCGCCCGACAUUGAGAGAGAUCCAGGAUGCUUACAUUCUGAGUGCUGCACGAACACCCACAGCCAAGGUAUCCAUAUGACUGCUUCAAUGGUUCCUUCACCUCCGUUUCAGCCCCCCGAGCUGGGUGCCGUUGCCAUUAAGUCGGCCCUAAGCAAAUCCAAUAUCCCGAUGGAAAAGAUCACCGAUGUCUACAUGGGAAAUGUGCUCCAGGGAUCCGUUGGCCAGGCUCCUGCUCGUCAAGCAUCCAUGUUUGCUGGUUUGCCGUCCACGGUCGAGUCCCUGACUGUGAACAAGGUGUGCGCCUCCGGUCUGAAAGCAGUCGUCCUGGCUGCCCAGAAUAUUCAGCUUGGCUUGGCGGAGGCUCAAGUUGCUGGUGGUAUGGAGAACAUGAGCCGCGUGCCGUAUUACAUGUCUCGUGCCAGUCAGCUACCUCCCUUUGGUGAGAUCAAGUUGGAGGACGGUCUGAUCAAAGAUGGUCUUUGGAUGUAUACAACAAAUUCCACAUGGAAAUACGAUAUCUCGCGAGAGGACCAGGAUCAGUACGCUAUUCGGUCCUACGAGCGUGCCCAGCAGGCCUGGAAAGAGAACAAAUUUGCAGAGGAAAUAGCUCCUGUGACUGUCAAGAACAAGAAGGGAGAGACUGUGAUUGAGCGGGACGAGGGCUACGAGAACCUCCGAAUUGAUAAAUUGACUACUCUCAAGCCUGCCUUCUUGCGAGACGGCACUGGCACCGUGACUGCUGGUAAUGCCUCUACUAUGAACGAUGGUGCUUCUGCCCUCGUCAUCGGCAAUAAGGACCUGGCGCGUGAGUUUGGUGCUGGUGGUCGUGUGUUAGCCCGGAUUGUCUCGUCGGCGGAUGCAGCCAUCGACCCGGUGGACUUCCCUGUUGCUCCAGCCAAGGCCGUCCCGAUUGCACUAGAACGCGCUGGUAUCACCAAAGAUCAGGUGGCUGUGUGGGAGUUUAACGAGGCUUUUGCGGCAGUCAUUAAGGCUAAUGAGAAGAUUCUCGGUCUAGAGAACGCCAAGGUCAACAUGCUUGGUGGUGCUAUUUCACUUGGCCACGCUCUAGGCAGCUCCGGCUCCCGUAUCCUCGUCACGCUGCUCCACCAGCUGCAACCCGGGGAGUAUGGCGUGGCUGCUAUUUGCAAUGGUGGUGGAGCUGCGACCGCAAUGGUUGUUCAGAAGCUGGAUCGUGUCGAUUGA